AGAGAGAGAGAGAGAGAGAGAGAGAGGAGUGUGUAAAGGAGGAGACUUUCAGUAGUGUUAUUUAGUCGUGGAUACAUUCUAGGAUGAAUGCAUCUUGGACCGACCAUCACAACACUUAUGCUCUCUGAUUUCAUAUGAAUCAGUCAGACUCUAGCCUGCUCAACAGGUUAAUUUGCUUUUGAUUAUUAAGAGUGGAUCUGCAUUGAUUGUGAUGCUUGCAAAUACAUCGAUGAUGGAUUUCCUGGCGGUUCUGGGCGAUUUCAUUCAGCUGUCAGCGCGUAGUGUUUUACUGUCUCUGCUGGUGUGUUUAACGCUCACGCUCUGGCGUCUUUCCGGUCGGCGGCAGAUACCGGGUCCGUUCUCCUGGCCGGUCAUCGGAAACGCCGCUCAGCUCGGUACCUCACCUCACUUUUACUUCACCCGGAUGGCUAAGAAAUACGGCGACGUGUUUCAGAUCAAGCUGGGCAGCCGAGACGUGGUGGUUCUGAACGGAGACGCAAUUAAAGAGGCGCUAAUUAAAAAAGCUGUCGAUUUCGCCGGCAGACCCGAUUUCGCCUCGUUCCGGUUCGUGUCCAAUGGGAAAAGCAUGGCGUUCGGUAACUACAGCCAGUGGUGGAAACUGCAUCGGAAGAUCGCGCACAGCACCGUGAGAAACUUCUCCACAGCCAACAUCCACACCAAGCAGACGUUUGAGAAGCACAUCGUGUGCGAGAUAGGAGAGCUCAUCCGCUUGUUUCUGAAUAAAACCCGCGAGCAGCAGUACUUCGAGCCUCACCGGUAUCUGGUGGUGUCGGUGGCGAACACAAUGAGCGCCGUUUGCUUCGGGAACCGGUAUUCGUUUGAUGAUGAGGAAUUCCAGCAGGUGGUUGGCAGAAAUGAUCAAUUCACUAAGACAGUCGGAGCUGGAAGCAUCGUGGAUGUGAUGCCUUGGCUGCAGUACUUCCCAAACCCAAUCAAAACGCUCUUUGACCAGUUUAAAACGCUCAACAAGGAGUUUAACGAGUUCAUUGAUUCCAAAGUGGCGGAGCACCGCGAGACUCUUUUACUGAGCCUCGUCCGUGACAUGACUGACGCGUUCAUCGUUGCUCUGGAUAAAGGGCUGUCAGGGGGCCCGGGGGUCUUUCUGGAUAAAGAAUACGUGCCACCGACCAUCGCAGACAUUUUUGGGGCCAGUCAAGACACUCUGUCUACAGCUCUGCAGUGGAUCAUUCUGUUAAUGGUCAGGUAUCCAGAAGUCCAGAAACGUCUUCAGGAGGACGUCGACAAAGUGGCGGAUCGCAGUCGUCUUCCAACAAUUGCAGACCAGCCUCAUCUUCCAUACGUCAUGGCUUUCAUCUACGAAGUCAUGCGAUUCACCUCGUUCGUCCCUGUAACGAUUCCCCACAGCACGACCACAGAUACCUCCAUCAAUGGGUAUCCCAUCCCUAAAGAUACCAUCAUUUUUGUCAACCAGUGGUCUCUGAACCACGACCCGACCAAAUGGGACCAACCAGAGGUAUUCAACCCACAGCGCUUCCUGGAUGAGGAUGGAGCUCUCAACAAAGACUUAACCACCAACGUGCUGAUCUUCUCCGUGGGGAAGCGUAGAUGCAUUGGAGAAGACGUGUCCAAGAUACAGCUUUUCCUCUUCACCUCCUUGCUGGUCCAUCAGUGUAGGUUUAGUGCAGAAACUACUCCCAGCAUGGACUAUCUGUAUGGGCUCACGCUUAAACCCAGAGCCUUCAAAGUGUCAGUCUCACUCCGUGACAGCACAGAACUGCAUGAGAGUUUGGUAGGAACGUCUCAGACUCCUACACAAAAGAGACAGAGACCUCAAGUCUGAAGGGAAAUCAAAGCAUGCAACUUUAAUACUUUGCCAAAUGAAGCUGGCUAAGAAAACAAACACUGAAGAAUCUCUCAUAUCUGCAUUAUAGCAAUAUAUUUAUAGAUGUAAAACUCAGGCAUAAACUUUUUUUUGGCUCAGAAUGAGCUAAGACAAUAAAAACACACCCAUUCAUUACUGUAACUACAUGAUGCACUGAUUUAUAGUUUAUUAUGCAAGAGUAGCAUAGCGGAAGCUAAACAACAGGAUACUGCAUGGUUUAUUAAGACAAAUACUAGUUGCUUUCUAAGAGUACUGAGGCAUAUACAUGCAUAGCAUUAUUCAGUCAAGAAACUUCUAGUUUAAAUAUAGCUUGCAGAUAUAUAUUUAAACUCAGUAAUAAGUUGUUUAAAGUCAAUGUGAAACACUGUUAACAGCCCAUUUUACUUCUGUGACAUAUUUCCGAAUGAAACUAUAUAUUCAAUGAGAAAAAACUGGUGCAGUAACUGAUUUUAUCUAUUUGAAAAUGACUGGAUCAUGAAAUAUCAUUAAGUCAUUACAUUUUCUAAAGGAUUACAGACAAAAUAAUUAACUUGGACUAAUAUGCAACACUUAAUCAAUUGAUUACAUUUCAUGUUGACUUUAACACAUUUGGUUAUUAUUUUAAAUGACUGCAAUGAGCUUAAAGUACUUUUUUCAGUUGUUGCUUAGGGUAAUUUAGCUCAAACUAGCCCUAUACUGCAUUUUUAACCUCCCUACAGUAUAAUCUUACAGCACUUUAUUGUUCUUGAUGAUAAUUUCCCGAUUCUUACUACAGCACUGUUGAAGUCCGUGCCUUAUUAUUAGAGACUUCUUAGCAUGAAUCUAUAAUUAAAAUAAACGUAGGCGGGUUUAACACAGUUCACUUCCAUUGUGUUCCCGCAACAUCCUUCCCAAUCAAAUAUUGUCUGGAGAUCCUCACAGUGGGUCACAGGAAGUCUCCAGUGAAACUAUUCUGAACAUCUAUGUUUAUUAUAAGCUGAAUGUGAUAUUUCGUAUCUGGCACAUGAUGUGUAGGCGAAAGGAAAUACAUUUUGUGUCCCUCGGGUCCCUUCUAAUUAGGGGAAUCCUGAAGGGGAAAAUCAGGGUUUGCUAACUGACAUGUAUAAAAUGUUACGAUUACUAAUUUUUGCUAAUUUCUAACUGCUGCAAUAUAUUUUUGAACUGUAAUAGCACUUGUUAAUAGACUGCUGGUCUGUAUGAGAUCUACUAUAUUUUAUAUGCAAAAGAUUGAUGUGUAAGUUUGAUAUGUAGUUCA